UCUGUCAUUAGUCUUCGACAGACAGGCGUCCAAAAGGUCCAUAACACCAGCAGGCAUGAAACUUGAAGUGAAACCUGCUGACAAAUUAUAGUUCGGUCUCGUCCAGCUUCAUUUAAACCAUUUUUCUGCUUACCCGCCCGGUCUUGUGUGUUUUCCGACCAAAGAACACCAUGUUUAUUUCUUCGCAAGACUCCCCGGCUGCCUUCAAAGGUUUUACCCUGGUCAUGCCUGCAGUCGCCGUGGGUAACGUGGGUCAGCUGGCCGUUGACCUCAUUGUGUCCACCCUCAACAUGAGCAGAGUGGGCUACUUCCACACAGACUGCCUGAUCCCGAUGGCCGGGAACAACCCGUACGCCAGCAGCAAAGCGGACGCCGAGGAGCUGCACACUCCCGCAGAAGUUUACACAGCAGCAGAGCUGAAACUGGCAGUUCUUCAGAUCAGAGCACCAAUUAUCCAGACGAGGUCUAAGAAGUUUCGGCAGCAGCUCAAGACCUGGAUCAAAGCCAGUGGUUUCUCCAGGACGGUGGUUCUGUCCAGCAGCCACGCCUACCAGAGGGACGACCAGCAGCUACAGGGCACUUCUUUGAGGUACCUGAUGACGCCGUCCCUGCUGGCUGCGAGCGCGGACGCUCUGAAGGAGCUGGGCUGGAGGGAGAUGGAGCGGAUCCCGGCGUUUCCUGGAGUAGACGCGGACGCAGAGCCGAGACUCUGCAUCCCGGGAGGCGGCAUUACCAAAGGCCUUUACACAGACAGCUGUGCCGAGGAUCUCCCGCUGGCGGUGCUGCUGCUCUUCUGCUCGGAAGGCGACAACAUUCCUGACGCAUUCACCCUCGUCAACCACCUCAACGACUGGCUCCACCUGCUGGACGGCCAGAGCGAAGAACCGAACAGCAAGUGGAAGAUUCCAACUUCCUGGAGUUUGCUGUUUGGGAGCGGCAUCCCCCCUGCACUUUUCUAAUUGAUGAUGUUUUAGUUGCAAAAACGAGCUUAAAUCUUGAUAUUCCCUGAGCCAUCAUCUCCAUGCGUUUUCAACUCGCGCGCUCCUGCAUCCCUUCCACUGUUUUCCAAUAAAGUCUUAUCGGAUA